AUGUGGUCAGUGAGCUCUCCAUUCCCCUGCAAGGUUCCCAAGACUAGUUCCGAACAAAACCCCUCAGGCGCGAAGGACGUUGGAAUCAAUGGCAACAGCAAGCAGCAUGCGAAUGGGGGAGCUGAGGGUGGGGCGCCACUGCAGCCCAUGACUGUGAAUGAAGGCCCAGCCCGCCACCAGGAUGUGGCUCAGCCAUCUGCAAAGGAGAUUGCUGCUGCCAAGGCUGCACGCAUACGGCUGGGACUAGAGAAAGAUGAUGGGACGCUGGCGCAGCCUGUUGAAGUCAGCCCCAAGCUGCCCUCUGGUGUUGAGCGAAAGGUGGACAUCGAGUAUGUGGCCACUGCUGACCUGCAGCCAUUGGCCGAUUCGAGAAAGGCUGCUGAGGUAGGCUGGUUCCAAUCAGAUGGGCCGAAACUGUUCCUGGCGAUCAAGCUGCCUACACUUUGCUGA